UAACUGCUACACCCCUUGUGCUGCCUUCUAAAUUAAUUAAUUAUUAUGUUGGUUGAAUUUGUGUGUAAAACUCGGCCUGCGAAUUGAAAUUUGUGAAGCUAUUGGCCUGGAAAAAAAGUCUUUUCUUCUUCCACUUCUACCAAUUCGGCAAUUCCAAUAGCUUCGUAUGUAUAAAUCUGCUAGCCAUGGUUCAUCCAAGGCUAACAAGUUUAAAUAACUCUCAAGCUAAGCAAGUGAAGAAAGAAUUAAGAGGGUUGACAAAUUGAUUCUUCUGUGUGUCUGCUAUACACAGAGGAAUGGGUCCUGACUCUAGGAGAAGGAUUGCGAAUGCCUUCCGUGCUACAAAGGUUCGCAGGAUCAGUGAGGAAAAGGUGAAGCCUGUAUUGAAACGUCUUCUAAAGUUGUAUCAUAAAAACUGGGAUCUCAUUGAGGAGGACAAUUAUAGAUCCCUUUUUGAUGCAAUUUUUGAGUAUGAGGAAGCUGAGGAAGCAAGACGCGCAAAAUAUUCGACAUGUGCUGCACAGGAGGGUGCUUUGGUGGAACCCAAGGUUUUGAAUGAAGAGCCCGAAAGACCAUUAAAAAGAUUUCGUUUGAGACAGCAAGAUGGUCAACCAGCAUCGUCCAGCCUUGGCGGGACUUCACGGGCAAGGCGCGAUGAUGGUGGGGAUGCACUUCUUCAGGGACCACCUCAGUCAUGUGAUGGACAGAUUGAUCUUAGAAGCAAGGGGAAACAGCAUGUUUCAACUAAUCCACAGUCAUCCCAAAAGAGCAUUGGUGGUCAUGUACUGGUCAAGCCUAAAGAUGAGCCAGGUAU